AAUGACGUCAUGGCAUGCGACACGAAUUCACGGUCAAACAUUACCAACUUCCAGGCCCCAGGGUUAGACCCAAAAACCUUUCUCCUAGGUUGAGAAGCGAUCGUAUCAGCAAUCUGGGAAUGGGAUCCGUCGAACCAGCACCGGCAACCGUAUGCCACGUGGUGACCAUGGCCUACCCGGGUCGCGGCCACAUCAACCCCAUGAUGAACUUCUGCAAGAUACUAGCUUCGAAGAAGACCGACAUUCUCGUCACCUUCGUUGUCACCGAGGAAUGGCUCGGCCUCAUCGGCUCCGACCCUAAGCCUGAAAACAUACGCUUCGCCUCCAUACCUAAUGUUGUCCCAUCGGAGCUGGUUCGCGCCGCCGACAUAAACUCAUUCGUCGAAGCCGUCUUGACGAAGAUGGAAGCUCCAUUCGAGACGCUACUGGACAGGCUUGAGACGCCGCCGGCGAUUAUCGUGGCUGAUACGUUUCUGUUUUGGGCCGUCGGAGUCGGCAACCGCAGGAAUAUUCCGGUGGCUUCUUUUUGGCCCAUGUCGGCGGCGGUGUUCUCGGUGUUCCAACAUUUCGAUCUUUUCGCCCAAAACAAACAUUUCCCAGUUGACAUCUCAGCGAAAGGCGAUGAGCUUGUCGACUAUAUCCCUGGAAUUUCGUCCACACGUCUGGUAGAUCUUCCAUUUAUUGAUGGGAACAAACAACAAAUGUUGCAGAGGAUCCAAAAAUUUGUUCCAUGGGUGACCAAGGCACAAUAUCUCUUAUUCACUUCCACCUACGAGCUCGAAUCUCAAGUAAUCGAUGUUACGAAAGCAGAGUUCCCAUUCCCCGUCUAUGCCAUUGGCCCAACCAUACCUUUCUUGGAUGUUGCAGAAAAUUUCUCGCAAGCGAAUUUCGACGACAGUGACCUCAACUACUUUGAAUGGCUCGAUUGCCAGCCGAAAAGCUCUGUUUUAUACAUUUCAAUGGGAAGCCUCCUCUCACUUUCUAGUGCUCAAAUGGAUGAACUUGCAGCUGGUUUGCGAGUCAGUGGUGUCAGAUUCUUGUGGGUGGCGCGUGAUGAGGCUUGUAGGCUGAAGGAGAUUUGUGGUGAUAAGGGGUUAGUAGUGCCAUGGUGCGACCAAUUGAGGGUGUUGUCUCAUUCUUCAAUAGGGGGGUUUUUGACGCAUUGUGGGUGGAAUUCCAUUCAAGAAGGUGUGUUUUGUGGUGUUCCUUUUCUCACCUUCCCCAUAGUCAUGGAUCAAACCCAAAACAGUAGGCUAAUCGCAGAGGAUUGGAAGAUUGGGUGGAGGGUGAAGCAAGAUGUGGAAGUGGACAAGUUGGUCACGAGGGAGGAAAUUUCAGCGCUGGUGCAGAAUUUCAUGGAUUUGGGAAGUGAAGAAGUGAAAGAAAUGAGGAAAAGAGCAAGUGAACUCCAACAGAUAUGUCAACGUGCGAUUGCCGAGAAGGGUUCAUCUGAAACUAACAUCAAUGCCUUCCUUAGCAUUCUUAAAUAGACUCACCAGAAUAGCUUUUUUAGCAGAGCAUUAUACAGAAGCUACACUAGGGAAGUAUUCUCGGUGCACGGACAACAGAUUUUUUCCCGUGAAAAGCAAGCAAUGCUUGUUAGAAGAUAAAAUCUGAUUAAGAAUAUCCAAGCAAGGCAAUAAUUUCAUGAUUUACUCUUCCAUGUUUCAUGAGAUUGCAUAUUACUCCUAUCACAACUUAUGAUUCACGCCAUGAUAUAUGGGAUGUGUUCCCUUCAUAUGCCUAUAUAUUUUUUUCUCUUGUAACAUUCAAAUCACUGAAUAAAGAUGUAGUCCUUUGUG